CACAUAUUAUGAUCUGAGAAGGACUGGGCUGAUUUGCCUUUGAGGCGCCUGAAGCUUAUUAUAGAACCCUGGGUCAAGUUGACCCAUUGGGCCUAUCGUAAACAACGUUUUUUCUUCGUUUCAUUAUCAUAACAUGGGGUUGCUCGACUUUCUUUUCUCCAUCGUCAAAGCAUUUUGCGGAGAGUCGUCUCAGCCAGAAGGCGAAAAGCCUACUGGUGUACAGAGACCACCACAACCACAGGAGCCACUAUCUCCUCUUCCAGGCGCUUGGCCUAGUACUUCCCAACAUGAUCGUUUAAGAUACCAAGACCAGAACCAAGCCAAUCAACAGGAUGAACACUACACGUCCCUUCGCGCUAAAGCAAACCAGGAAGGAGACGCUAUGGCUAAAUGCUUCCAGCAAAGCCACGAGGCGUAUUCUCGCCGCGAGGGUGCGCUAGCUAAGGAACUCUCAGAGAAGGGCAAAAAACACGAACGUACCAUGGAAGCACUGAAUGCGGAGGCCAGUGCAUGGAAAUUCCGAGAGAACAAUUCGGAGCGCAAGCCGGGCGAAUUAGAUCUGCACGGACUGUACGUCAAGGAGGCCAUAUUAUACUCGGAUAAAGCUAUCAAGGAGGCUCGACAGCGGGGGGACCCAGAGAUCCGCCUCAUUGUUGGUAAAGGCUUGCACUCCAAUGGCCAGGUCGCUAAAAUCAAACCUGCCCUAGAGGACUUGAUGAAACAGCUCAAUCUUCCUGUUGAGGUGGAUCCACAGAAUGCAGGUGUUCUGAUCGUGCAGCUUGCUUGAUCAUCCAGUGUGAUUCCUUUUGUGAACACUGAAUUACCCGACGGAUCUUAUCCGAUGUACUGCGGCCGCAAUAGGUUAACACUCGCCCCCAUUCAUCUGCGAUUCUGCGGAACACAGACAUGAUAUUGAUGUAUUGUAUCUAUUUCCAUGUAUACCACUUUUACAUAACCUUCAAUGCUGUAAACACGAGGUUGACGUGAGGCGGCGCUUUGACGGUCAGGGUUCCCACAAGUUCUCAAAUCUCAACUAUCACAACAGG